GUAAAAAAUUUAUAAACAUAAGAUGUCUUUUUGUUUUGUUUGCAAAUGUUGCCCUGAUUCAAGGGGUUUAAAAAUGACUUUUUUCUUACUAAUUGUGACCACUUUUAUGAUUGAAACCCAUGCAUCACUAAAUCAUCAUUAUUAACAUCUUCUUUACUAUUUGAUCUCAAUUUCUCUUUCUCUUGAAAAUAAUCACAAUCAAAACCAAUGAAAGCAUGAAAAAUAAUAAACGGAUUUUUGUAUCCAUUCAGACUUACCUUUAUUGUUACGAGUUUUAUUGUAAAAUAUAUAAGAUGUUCAUAUCUUUCUUUCCCUUUCAAAAUAUCGAAUCGUUUCACUUAUUAAAUUCAACUUUUAUUCCUUACUGUGAAUUUGGAUCCUGGAAUCACAGGUAUAUAACUGGGUGAGAUUGUACCAUCAAAUCAUCAGUCGAUCAUCAGCAAACUUCAAGUAAACAUUACUGAGUGUUAAUCAUCAAGUGUUAAUCAUUUUAAGUUGAAACUUCAAAAUUUUGGAUUAAUCUAUUUUUCUUAAAGUGUUUUAUAAAACAUCACAAACAUAACAAUAAAAAUGUCUGCUCUUUGUAUGUUGGUUUUCACAAUUGUUGUUCAACUUGGUCUGAGCCAAUUAACUACUGCCAGUGUUGUUAAACCCGCCGCUGCCAAUUUAACUGCCUACAAUACUCCUUAUGCCUAUUAUGACUAUGAACGUGAUCCUCGCCAAUGGAUGGGAACCCCAUACACUGGACCUUAUGGUGCUUCAGUUGCCCCCUUGACUGGUGGCUUGGAAGCAAUUGCUAUUGGUUUAUUAAUCGCCCUUGGAAUUGGAAUUAUCGGAUUCCCAUUAGUUCUUCUGUUAUUCUCACUCUUCCUUGGAAAUACUGGUUCAGGCCUUAGCUUUGUCCCACCAGCUUCACAAACAACUGUAACUGGAAGGAAACGACGAGACGUUUUGGGCAACAUGUUCCCUCAAGUACCACCACAGUUCCAGGACAAGUUGAUCAAGAUGUUCACUCAAUUUACUGAUGCUCCUGACAAAAUGGCUUUCAUCAAGAAAUAUUUGGAAUCUUAAUUACUCCAAUAUUAGUUAUUUUUCAUUUUUAAAUUGCUCAUGUAAAUGGCUGCUCUGAUAUUGAAGUCCAUUUACGAACCUCGAACUUAGUCUGAUAUUUUUUUCUUAAAAAUUUUAUGAAUGUAACAAAUUAUAAUGUUUGAUCCCACCAAAACCAUUCACAAUAAUAAAAGAGAACUUAAGAACUUGUAAUCAACUAUUGCAUUCCGUUUUAUUGAAUAAGGACAAUUGUUGAAAUGUCUUAUUUUCAUCAGUAUCGGUAAUAGAGAUUGCUUUCAAUUGUGUCAGAUGAAAAAAGUGAAAUCUAGAAGAUCAUUUGUCACAAGUUAAACAGAUAUAAAAUUCAUGUUAAGAAAAUUUCGCCCUGAUUACUUCGUCUGUUUAUUACGGUUGAAGCAACAAAAACAUGUUUUUACAUUUUAACCGAAGCAAUAGUCACAAAUAUAGACGACAAGUCUGAAUAUUAGCUUUGAUCGUGAGGCCUUUCAGAACCAAUUGUACAUCACAAUAAUUAUAGACAUUAGUUUUAUUUGGAGUUGAGUUCGAGAUGUGGCUUAGUAAAUAUUAAUAGUUAAUGACACGAUCAGAAUGUAGUCAACACCAGAAGUUUAAAUACUGUCACUUUAGAUACAUCGUAUAAUAGUCGUUAGAUACACUGUACCAAAGGAUUGGAACAAUAAAGAUAAUCAAGUGGCGUUAUUAAAGAUAAUAAAAAGUGAAAACUGGAUUCACCUAUGGAAAACACGAAUUUUUAUCAACUCACGAACAAUAAAUGCACUGUGAGUGUGUUUUAUAUCUAAUAUUAAUCAUAACGUUUAAUUCACACGUUACUUAGAUCAUCCAUUGACACCAACUUGAAAGCUUGAAAGUGAUUAUUAAAUCAAAAAAUAUUGAACGUUUAAUAAAUCUGAUUGAAAUACUGAUUUACGGUACAAAAGUCAACAUUACCAGAUAUUUCAUUAUAUCUUUGAAAGUGAACUCCUUCAUUCCAAUGCAUUCUGCCAACAUCGAUUACUUGCUCUACCUUGAUCGAGCUCUCAACUCUUGGGGCGACCGCUGCUGGGAAUUUGCUAUUGGAUUAUAUUUAAUUAAAUUGAAUCCCGACUCAUUGCUAUUGUCAGCUCUUCACGGAAUCUUAGCAUCAUCUUUAACCAUUAUAAUAGUGCCAUAUCUUGGUCGUUGGAUAUCAAAAGCACCGAGACUCAAAGAAGUUGCUGUCUUCUUGUUUGUCCAAAACUUUUGCGUCUUCAUAAGUGCUACUUUUGUUGCGUUUUACUUCAUUGGAGAUGAUAUUCUUGGUCCAUCGUUGAAUCGGAUUGCAGAUAGAUUCGCUCCAUGUAUUCUGGUAAUUUUUUCAGCUCUUGCUCAAGUCUUUUCUUAUGGCUACACUUUGUCCCUUGAAAAAGAUUGGAUUAUUGUGAUUUCUAAGAAUGGUGGGAAUUUAUCAGAGCUGAAUGCUACUUUGAGGCGGAUUGAUUUAAUAAUGAAAACGAUUGCUCCACUUAUUGUUGGUUUUAUAAUGGAAUGGUCAAGUUUGGCUUCUGCAUUGUUUUUGAUGUUUUUCAAUGUAGUUUCUGGUUUACUCGAAUAUUUAAUUAUGGUCAAAAUUUACAAAUUAGUCCCUGAAUUAGCAAAAGAUAAAAGAUUAACAACUGUGGGAUCAGAUCUAGCAAUUGAAAACAGCACUAAAAAUAAAGUCACUUUCAUCGAAUCAAUUGUUAGCUAUUUGAAAUAUUUUGGUUUGCCUGGUAUUUCAUUUGGUUUAAUUUAUCUUUCUGUAUUGGGUUUUGAUUCAAUAACAGUUGGUUUCAUCAAAUCACAAGGAGUGACUGAGAGUGUAAUUGGGAUAAUAAGUGUUCUUGGAGCUGUUACCGGAAUCAUUGGUACAAUAUUUUUUCAAUCAAUGGUUAAACACUCAAAUCUGAAUGCAAUAUCAACAAUUGGUUAUUUCAUGGAUCUAAUACCCUUAACAUUGUGUUUAAUUAUCGUUUUUGCUCCAUCUCAUCUCUUAGGAGUUAAAUUAUUCAAAUAUGACUUGUCAAUUGUACUAUUUCUAGCUGGAAUAACUUUAUCACGGAUUGGUUUAUGGUCAGCAGAUUUGGCGACUAAUCAAUUGAUUCAAACAACAACUCCAAAUCCACCUUUGAUUGGAGGUAUACAAAAUAGUGUUAAUACAUCAGCCGAGCUAAUCAAAUUCAUUAUAACCGCUAUUCUGUCCAGUGUAUCUCAAUUUUACAUAUUAAUUCUAGUUUCUUAUGGUUCCAUAUUGAUAGCUACUUUAAUUUCUAUAUUUUACACAAUCAAUUGCCUCAAAAAAUUGAAAACCAAAUCUAUUAUUGUGGAUAAAGAUAUGCCAAACAUUAGCCGGACUGUCGCUGAUACAGUUGUUUAAACUGGGCGAAUUGAACAAAAUAAUAA